UUCCCUUGCCUAAAAACCCCUUCGUAGCAAGAAAGAAAGGAGCCAUGACUUUCAUAACUACGUGGUGGUGCUAUGGGAAGCAUAUGGUGAUGGUCACCAUUCUUUUCAUAGUGUUUCUCUCAAAUCCGGUUACAUCACAGCCACAAACAAACUUAAUUCUCAGGGCUUGCGCCCAAAUCAACGCCACCAACCCACGGAAUUUUUUCAGAAAUCUUAACGAAACAUUUAGUGACACCCGUAGAAAACUAUCCAACAAUAACACCUACUUUGCGACCUCAGAGCAGACAAACAAUACAGACCCGGUUUACGUAUUGGCUCAGUGCAGGAAUUACAUGUCGGCAUUUGAGUGUGUUAAUUGCUUUGAUUUCGCUAGUAAGUCCGUAUGUAGUUGUGAUGCUGCCGUUGGUGGUCGUGUCGUUCUUGACGGUUGCUUUCUAAGGUACGAAGGUAAUUCUUUUUACGAACAAACAACUUUGCCUGGCAAUGUUGGCUUAUGUGGCAAUCGUACUUCUUCACGACAAGACGUUUUUGAAACGGCUGUGGAUGGAUUGUUGUUCAAUCUUUCUAUCGCCACCCCUAAAAUAAAUGGUUUCUAUGCUGCAAUCACUGCACCUGUCGUUGGUGCCAAUACAAGUAUUGCUUAUGCUAUAGCACAGUGUGCCGAGACAGUAACACCAGAUGGAUGCAAAAAUUGCUUACAGGUGGCAUAUGCUAAUAUAAAGAGUUGUGCUACUGAUGUUACUGAUGGGAGGGCUGUUGAUUCUGGGUGUUUUAUGAGGUAUUCCGCCUCUGCGUUUUUUGCAAACAACAAAACUACUGAUAUCACACCAUUCCUACUAGACGGAGGUUCAAGCAGUAAGGGAGCCGUUAUCGGAGGUGUGGUGGGAGGUGUAGGUGCUCUAAUCAUAUUGCUAAUAGCUUUACUUUUGUGGUAUCGUCAAUCAAAAAGAACAACACCAAUAGGUAGCUUAUACGGGGCAACUGAAUUGCAAGGUCCAAAGGACUAUAGCUAUGCAGAUCUUAAGAAAGCAACGAAUGAUUUUAGGGAAGAGAAUAAGCUUGGUGAAGGAGGGUUUGGAGAUGUGUACAAGGGGAUUGUAAAGGAUGGGAACAUUGUUGCGAUAAAGAAAUUAGCCAUAGAUUCUAAUACAGCAAAGGAUAACUUUGAGACUGAAGUAAGGGUCAUUAGUAAUGUACAUCAUCGUAACCUUAUCCGCCUUCUUGGAUGUUGUAAAGGGCUAGAAUUGCUUCUAGUCCUCGAGUAUAUGGCCAAUGGAAGCCUCGAAAAAUACCUAUAUGGUGAAAAACGGGGGGCCCUUAACUGGAAACAACGUUGUGAUAUUAUUUUUGGUACAGCUAGGGGUCUUGCAUAUUUGCACGAACAGUACCACGUAACCAUCAUCCAUAGAGAUAUAAAACCAAGCAACAUUUUACUAGACAACGAUUUUCAGCCGAAAAUUGCAGAUUUUGGCUUGGCAAGGCUUCUACCUGAGGAUCAAACUCAUAUUAGUACUAAGUUUGGCGGGACAUUGGGUUAUACAGCACCAGAGUACGCAAUCCACGGACAGUUGUCUGAAAAAGUUGAUACCUACAGUUUCGGAAUAGUUGUCCUUGAAAUUGUUAGUGGAAAACGAUGUACUGACGUCCCAAACGAAUCAAUUGGUGAACAAUACCUCCUUGAACGUGCUUGGAAUUAUUAUGAAUCCCGCAUGCACAUGAAGUUGGUGGAUGAGACACUAGACCCGAUCGAAUAUAGAGAAGAAGAUAUAUGGAAAAUUAUAGAAAUAGCACUAAUGUGCACCCAGUCUCCUGUUUCUGUCAGGCCUACCAUGUCCGAGGUGGUUAUGCUUCUAGGUGACCGAUCACGGGUGCAAAAUCCACCAACUAGAAAGAACCUUAAUAUGAGCGACAUAAGGAUACAAGUUGAUAGCUCCGCAUCUCCUACAAUGUCCGUUAGCAAUGCUAAUGCUACUAUCACGGAAUUGGAAGGUCGAUAAUUGUCACCGUCUGUGUUUUUAGCGCUUAGAUGAUGUUGGAGUUGUAUGCAGAAGAUAUGAACUAUGAAGUUUAUGUUGUUAUGUUGAUGGAUAUUGCAGACUUUCAUAUAGUAUGGGAAAUCGAAUUGAAUUGUAUGUGUAUAAUAUGGAAUUGUAUUUAAAAUAUGACCUUGUAAUAUGUUUGGUGUGCUUCAAAGCUGGUGUUAGUAAACUACAACAUAUUAUUUUGUUCUUAA